AUGCAUUUGCUAUCUCUUGCAAUCUCUGACACCAUAGCCAGUCUGGAUAAACUGGGGAAAAGGGUAUUUAAAUGGGUAAAGCUAGUGGCAAACCCUGAACGACUCACAGGAUGGAAUGCUGAAACAGACGGCCAGGAGGAGGGCUAUGCGGUGGCGCCUCUUUUUGGUAUUGGACACAAAUUUACUGAAAGAAUCCUCCAGCUAUCUUUGGUGAGCAAUGCCAGCGCCAUCUGGGUUUUGUGCACAGACACCUAUACGUGCGAUUUGGUGUCCCUUAAGCAGGAGGAAGAACCGGAGAAAGAGGAGCAGGUGGAGCAGGUGGAGCAGGUGGAGCAGGCAGAAGCUACAGGUGUCGCAACAGCUGCGAACAACGCCGUCCUGAUUGCAAUCUGUGUGUUCCUAGCUCUGUUGUCUUCCGCCCUUUCUCUUUACAUAUGCUGGACGAAACAUCGGGGGGAGAAGACAUGUCAAAAACCACAACUGGAAAAGACAGCGACAUCCCCUCCUGCAGAAGGUAACAUGUACAUAGAAGCUCCUGCCACGACCUUAAGACCAAACUCAGAACACAACAGCGAGAACAGUCUAUACGACGUGACUACAAAGUGACGUCCACUGGGUGUUCUCUAGAUAGCUUAUAUUUUUUUUUUAGUUUUAGAAUCUUUUCAACGCUCUUGGUAUCGUCUUUGUUCCUUCUACUUUCAGAUCCAGCGUGUGGUCUUGGUAUUUAGUAUAAGGCAUAG